AUGACAACAAACGACAGGUCUCACGCCUUUCACGGCGUCGUCAUCCACGCCACAUCCCUCUCGAGCCUUGCCAUCCUCGAGAACGCCCUCCUCAUCGUCACCCCCACAGGCCGAAUCGCCUCGCUCGAAGCCAACAUCCCCAUCGAUCAGGUCUCUUCCAAGCUGGCCUCGCUCAACUACGCCUCAUGUCCCAUCACAUACCUGGCUCGUGGGCAGUUCCUCAUGCCCGGCUUCGUAGACACGCAUCACCACGCUCCGCAAUGGCUACACCGCGGCCAAGGCCAGGGCCUCCAUAUCCUCGAGUGGUUGGACCAAGUUGCCUUCCCCCACGAAGCGCGCUUCGAGGACGCCUCCCACGCGAAAAGGGUCUACGGCCACGUCGUGCACGGCAUGCUGCGCCAGGGCGUCACAACAGCCAGCUACUACGGCUCCAAGCACGGCGAGGCCACCAAGAUCCUAGCCGACACCUGUCUCUCGCGCGGCCAGCGCGCCCUCGUGGGCAAAUGCAACAUGAGCAGAAACGCACCCGACUACUACCGCGACGCCGACGAGCGCGAGUCCCUCCAGGCCACGCUCGACUGCAUCAAGCACAUCCGGCGCAUCGACCCCGACGGCGAGCUGGUGCGCCACGUCCUCACGCCCCGGUUCGCAAUCUGCUGCGAGCCCAGCCUGCUCGCGGGCCUGGGCGACCUCGCGCGGGAGCACCCAGACAUGGCCAUCCAGACGCACUUCAACGAGUCGGAGCAGGAGAAGGAGGCGACGCUCGCGCUGUUCCCAGACUUCACCAACGAGGCCGACCUCUACGAGCACUUUGGCCUCCUCAACGACCGCUCCAUCCUCGCCCACUGCACCAUCAUGACCGACUACGAGACCCGGCGCCUGGCCCGCCUCGGGUGCGGCGUCGCCCACUGUCCCACCGCCAACAUGACCGUGGGGGGAGGCUUCAUGGCCGCCCCCGUGAGGGACUUUCUGCGCAGCGGCAUAAAGGUAGGUCUGGGCACCGACUCGGGCGGCGGCUACUCGUCGUCCAUGCUCAACGCCAUGCGGCACAGCCUCGUGGCCUCGUUUGCGCGGGACUACCUGGACGCGCAGGACGGCGCCGCGGCCGUGUCGUUUGAAGAGGUUUUCCACAUGGCGACCCUGGGGGGUGCGCAGGUCGUCGGGUUUGGCGGCGAGGCGGGCAAUUUCGAGAGCGGCAAGGCGUUUGACGCGCUGGUCGUCGACGUGCGCGGCGAGGUGGGCGGUGUCAACGCGCCGCUCGAGGAGGACGAUUCGGCGAGGACCAUGCUCGAGAAGUUUGUCAUGACGGGCGAUGACAGGAAUAUACGGAGCGUGUAUGUCGCGGGGAGAAAGGUGCACGGCGUCUAA